AAUGAUCCCGAAUUCCUUUCCAAAAAAAAAAGGGUGGAAAGCUAAAUCCAAAGGUUUCUGUAUUUACUACUAUUUUCUGUUCUCACAAUGAUCAAUCAUCCAUUUCUGUGUUUUGUUCCUAUCUUAUUAAUCAUUGCUCAAUCAGCCGAAGGGUGCUAUACAUCCAUUUUUGCCUUUGGUGAUUCCCUCACGGAUAAUGGAAACUUGCUUGCCCUCUCGGCCCCAAGAAUUAUACACCAGGGCCGCCUUCCCAACGGAGAAACUUACUUCCACCAUCCAACUGGCCGAUGCUGCGAUGGCCGUCUCAUCGUUGAUUUCUUAGCUCAGCAAUUUGGACUUCCAAUUCCACCACCUUAUACUGAAGUUUCGAAAGAGAGGACAAUGGAUGUUCGUGCUGGGGUGAAUUUUGCAGUGGCAGGAGCAAGAGCUCUGGACACUGAUUUUUAUGAUAAGAUUGGAAUAAUUGAUCCUGUCACUAAUGAUACCCUGCGAGUUCAGCUGGAUUGGUUCAAACACAUGUUGCCAUCUAUAUGUGGCCCCGAAAAAGAUUGUGGAGGGCAGCUGAAGAGUUCACUAGUCCUUUUAGGACCAUUUGGAGGAAAUGAUUAUCGCUAUGCUUUAUUUCAGGGAGCAAGUCUGGCGGAGAGAAAGCUGCUUGCACAUCUAAUUACUGAUGCCGCGGUCUCAGCUGUCAAUGAAUUGGUUGAACUUGGAGUUGGUGCAGUGAUGGUUCCAGGACUUGUACCAGAUGGGUGCUUAGCGGUGAGUCUCACAUAUUUUGGGAGUCCGAAUACGGGGAAUUAUGAUCUUUCAACUGGAUGCAUAAAUUGGUUAAAUGAGUUUGCUGAGUAUCACAACGAGCUACUUCAAACAAAGUUGAAUAUGGCUAGAAAACGCCAUCCAACUGCUGCCAUCAUUUAUGCUGAUUACUACAAUGCUAUCCUUCAGCUCUACCGCAACCCAGAAGAAUAUGGGUUUAGGAGAACCACUGCCGCUUGUUGCGGAGAUGGGGGCCCCUAUAAUUACAACAAAGAGGUGCAGUGUGGUGAUCCACCGACAACUGUUUGCCCCGAUCCUUCCGUAUAUAUCAACUGGGAUGGCCCUCAUUUCACAGAGGCUGCCAACAGAUGGAUUACUUCAGCUUUGUUGAGAGGGCCAUACACUCUUCCUCACCUCGAUACUUCCUGCAUUUCUGAGGCUGCCAGUGCUAGACACUUCACGGAUGCCUAGCUGGAUGCUCUCUGUUUGAUGCAGUGGUGCUGAUAAUAGCUUUACAAUAACUCAAGGGCCAGAAUUUUUAGAAAAAUUGCUUAGGCAUUUAUUGAUGGAGAAGAUUUAUAUAUAAAUAUGAAAGGUAGGUACAGAUUUAAAGGGAAGCUGCAUAAUUGCGUCCCUUGAUGAUUUGUACGAUUUGUUCGAAAUGCUUGUACGUGUGAAAUGAUCAUGCUGGGAAUUUUAGAUAAGUGAUUGGACACUGAUUGAGUCUGAACAUUAUUAUUUGUCACAUUGAAAUUUGUCUUUGUCGUAAUUGUUUGUAAUGAACAAGGGCCCUUUGUUAUUGUA